AUGUGCAAAGAGGGCUUGGUUCUGUCCCUAGGUGCUUUCUGGAGAGCCUGCUGGUGGCUUUCUGGGGACAGAGGGCAGAGGACGCACUGUCAGGGGCUGCUCCGGGACAAGGUCCACACAGAGCAUUGUGGCCUCAACAAGUGGUCAACCCACGGUGGGCAGGGCCUGCAAGGAGCUACAGCUGAACCUCCAUGUGCCCCCUGGAAGGAGACCCCCCCCUGUCCUUGGUGGUCCUGGGGCUACUCAGGCUGCGCUCUGGCCCCAGGAACGGCCCCCGGCCUGCACCGAUCCGCCCGGCAGCUCUCCUCCCCAGUCCUCUGCCCUGUCCGCUGCCAGACCUCCUUCUUCUUCAAGACUUGGGGCAGCGUCGGGCUCAAAUGCCCCCCAUUAGGCAAUGAAGCCAGAACACUGGGGACGGAGGUCUUUCUGGACUGUUCCAGGUCUUCCUGGAGACAAAGGCCAGUCCGGGAUCCUGUGCUGACGGCAUCUCUGCUGAAAUGGGCCGUGUGGCCUCCCUGGUGCCGCCCCUGCAUGUGUGUCUUCCCCCCACUGUUCUGUGAGGCCCUGUGUCCACCUGCCAUGGUGGGGCAGAGCCAUGCCUGUGGAGCAGACGCGUGUGGGGCUGCCCAGCCCGUAGCACCCUGCUCUGCACCCCAUCUCUGGCGGAGGCCGAUUAGAGCAGGUGCGAGCACCCAGCCCCAACUGGUUCCAUAGAUCCUCCGUAGCCAUUUGGAAUCGGGCUGCGGAUGGUGGUGACCAUACCUGAACCGAGAGGGCAUGUGGGGCAGGUGGCUGGGCAGGCGGGGAGGGUGCUGGGAGGGAGGAGAGGGGAGGACAGUAGAGGGGAGGGGAGCGAGGAGAGGAAGGGGGUCCUGGGGAAACGGAGGGCUGGGCAGAAGCAGGAAGGAGAGACCCCGGGGGAGCGAGGAGGCACCCUGCGUCCAACGAUGUUCUGUUCUGUUCUGCUCCUCUGGAGGCCCAGCCGGCAGCCCGGCGCAAAUCUGUGACGUCCUCUGACCUCGUUCUACUUGGUGGCCAGGCAGGGGAGGAUUAACGGGCAGGCCUUGGUUUCUCAAACCCUGCACAUUCCAAAUAAACGCUAGUCUUCAGAGAAUUAGAAUGUUCUGCCUAGUUCAGAGUGUUUUGCAUGCCCGAGGCCAGGCUGGACCAGUUUGGAGAAGUUUAUUCUGACAAUGUGAUUUAUGGCAUCUGUGUUUUCCCCAGGAGCCAGUCACGCAGGUGCUGCGGGCUUACCUGACCGACGCCCAGCGUGACCCUGGACACCAGCACUCAGGGGAGAGUCCCUGGUUGGGGACACUGGGCACCUGUCUCCAUGGUUCUGGUGGAGUGAAGCGUGCCCCCGAGGGGCCCCACUGGGGGAGCACACUGGGAAGCUGAGGGCCGGUCCCGGGACUUCUCCCAGCAGCCUUUCCCUCUGCUGACUUCCACCUGCACCCUUUCUCUUUCAUACUCUGUAUCUGAGGGUGUAACAACCUUUUCUGAGUCCCGACAGCACUAGUGAGUCAGUGAGGCUGGCCUUGGGGACCCCCGACACAGGGGCUUGGGGUGGCUUAUGCAUAUUUCUUUCCCUUGCAAAUAAAACAGCCUUGCUGGAGGCAGUUUGGCCUGGGUGUACCAGGAAGGGGCCCAGCAGGGAACGGUACACUCAGCUUGGGUGACCAGCAGGCCCAGGGCUGGCACCCCUGGGGGCUGAGUGGGGGCCCAGUCGGAACACAGAGGAAACUGGCGGCAGGAAGGAGCUGCUCACAGAGGCUGUGGCGCAGGUGGGGGC